AGCUUGAUCAUAAUAUUAGGAUAAGAUAAGCAGUGGCGAUGAGUGCUACUGGGCGCCUAUUCGUGCUCACUCGAGACACUCACCGCUAGAUCUCCUACCGCUUCAUCUUUCGUCAUGACCCACCUUCCUACCCUUCAUAUUACUUUGGAUAUUAUAUAUGAAGACACUCGAAUAGCUUACUCGCAAAAUCGAAAAGCUCGCUCUUCGAAAUCCUUCUACAUAGCUCUAAAUAGGUAGCGGGAAUCUGCUAUUGUACCAUUCUUUGCCAUGGGACAUAUAUUUGCCAUGUACACAGACUGGCAAUGCCUGUGAAAUCAGUGUCGCUUUGGUUUAUCUGCCAACCUUUGAUUUUUGAUGGUACACGAGUUUUGUUCACUCUUACUUCCACUUACUUCCAUUGUAGUCGCUUAUAAACCUCAAAUUUUAAGACAUUUACAAAGAUAUGUAAUGAUUAUACUUGUUUAUAAUUUUUUGACAGAGCUCCAAUUGCCAUACCCAUUGCAUGUCUUCCUCGGGUUCACCUUCUUGCUCAAUCUCCUCAUCCAAAUCCUCUUGCACUUUGACUCAAACACAUAACCUGUUGAUACCCUUUCUGCAUUCUAAUCCUCACCCACAGCUGUGACUUACCUUCAUUUCCAUGUUUUGAUGUAAGUUCAAUCGAGUUUGGUUUAUCACGAUGAUGCUCCUGGUCUUGGUGCCAAUCCAACUGAGGAUUAAAGUCAGCUACAUUGAUCUCCUUGGCCUUUGCACUGUGAGGGCUUUGCUCGAUAGCAUCUAGAACCUCAAAAGUUCCAUGUAAGCAACCUCACUGCCGGUGCAUUUCGAGGACAAGGAAUAAUGGUUACUGCCCGUGGUAUGGGCUCAUUGUGAUGACUCAUCAAGUUUAUGUUUUCAACCACGUUCACUGCGGGGAUGAGCCGAUUUCCUCGAGGCGAAAAUGUGGGUUUUAUCUCGAGGUUAUGUACAAAAAUAUGG